ACGCGACAGCGGUAGCUUGGGUGGAUGUUGAAUUGGUUAGGAUGUAUUCAAGGAGCAAGAUAUCCCAGAGGCCAGCGGAAUAGGCGAAGCCGAGAAAGAUGGAGAAAAGACGGCAGAGGAGAUAAAGAGGGAAUGGAAGAAGUGAGGAGGCAACAGGGUCCGCCCUCCAGGCGGGGCGCCAGGGAGAGGCCCAGGCCGGGGCGGGAGCGCACGUGGCCUAUUUCGGGCGGAGCAGAGGCACUGGGCGCAGCGGAGACCUCCAAGCCGGCCCCAGGAGACGGGCCGCGAGGGUAGGUUGGAACUCGGCGGCAAUGACCUUGAACGCCGGGCUGGGGCGGCUCCAGGUGCUUGGGAGUCGGGGGACUGCGGAGGACGCCAAGUCUGAGCUCGCCGCCCUCUCCGAGCCGUUUGGGCCGGACGCCUGGGUCCUUCGGGCUCCGCCCCAGGGGGUGGGGCUAUAUGUUCGGACCAAUGACCGGCCGUCCCUGCGGCCCCGCCCCCUCCCCGCCCCCGGAGCCGCGGCCUCGCUGAGUGCCCAACCGCCCGGCGCCCAGGCCUGGGGCACCGCGAGCGCCGAACCUUCGGCUGGACACCAAGAUGCCUGGCGAACAGCAGGCAGAGGAAGAGGAGGAGGAAGAGAUGCAGGAGGAGAUGGUGCUGCUGGUGAAGGGUGAGGAGGAUGAGGGUGAGGAGAAGUAUGAGGUGGUGAAACUCAAGAUCCCCAUGGACAACAAGGAGGUCCCGGGCGAGGCGCCCGCGCCGUCCGCCGGCCCGGCGCGUCCCCACGCGUGUCCCGAUUGCGGCCGCGCCUUCGCGCGCCGCUCCACGCUGGCCAAGCACGCGCGCACGCACACGGGCGAACGGCCCUUCGGGUGCACCGAGUGCGGGCGGCGCUUCUCACAGAAGUCGGCGCUGACCAAACACGGCCGCACGCACACGGGCGAGCGGCCCUACGAGUGCCCCGAGUGCGACAAACGCUUUUCGGCCGCCUCGAACCUGCGGCAGCACCGGCGGCGGCACACGGGCGAGAAGCCGUACGCAUGCGCGCACUGCGGCCGCCGCUUCGCGCAAAGCUCCAACUACGCACAGCACCUGCGCGUGCACACGGGCGAGAAGCCGUACGCGUGCCCGGACUGCGGACGCGCCUUUGGCGGCAGCUCGUGCCUGGCGCGCCACCGACGCACGCACACGGGCGAGCGGCCCUACGCUUGCGCCGACUGCGGCACGCGCUUCGCUCAGAGCUCGGCGCUGGCCAAGCACCGGCGCGUGCACACGGGCGAGAAGCCGCACCGCUGCGCUGUGUGUGGCCGUCGCUUCGGCCACCGCUCCAACCUGGCGGAGCACGCGCGCACGCACACAGGCGAGCGGCCCUACCCCUGCGCCGAGUGCGGCCGCCGCUUCCGCCUAAGCUCGCACUUCAUUCGCCACCGACGCGCGCACAUGCGGCGCCGCCUGUAUAUCUGCGCCGGCUGCGGCAGGGACUUCAAGCUGACCCCUGGCGCCACGGCCGCCACUGCCACCGAGCGUUGCCCGGAGUGCGAGGGCAGCUGAGUCCCGCAGGGCUGCGGAGGGGCGCGCUGGGGCUUCGACCUGGCUGCACUAACCCAGGCUCCUCCUCGCCUUGGCCUCCGGGUCUGGGAAAUUGAGGGGACGGCAGGCCCGGCUGCCCUGGAACUGGGAGACAGGGAGAAUCCCCUGCCGGGGUCCCUGGAAAACAGUGCCCACCCCACAUCACUACAUUCCCUCGACCCGUGUUAGUGAAUAAAGUAUUAUAUCCUCACCCCA